UCUCUCCCCGGUGGGAGGUGGAACGAAAGUAACAACUCAUUUGUCCAUCGUUUAACUUUAACAGUGGAUUAGUUAUCGAAACAUUUGUUGAUUCCGUGUACAAGCCAGUUCACAGCCUCUUUUUUGACGUGAUGCCAUGUUUAAACCGAGCGAUAAACGUGUGUCGAUGAGCUUUCGAAGCUAUGUUGGGUUUAAUGAUCACGAAACCAAGGCUGUAGAUAUCGCUCUUGAGGAAAACUUUAUCGAAACUUUAAACCCACGUCUUCUUCCUGGUGAGGCAGUCGUUGCAGAGGCUCAAAAUGUACUUAUGUAUGCUCCACUUAGUGAGAAACAAGGCAAAUCGGGUAUUCUCACUGUCACAAACUUCAAACUCUCUUUUGUCACCACUGAAGAAAGGCACAGAGAGGAAAGGGGUCUACAGGAAAAUUUGCUUCUUGGGGAUUAUGAUGUGUGUCUGUCUAAUGUUGACGAAGUUCAUCAGAUGACAGGUGACAAACGCAGGAAAAUGUUGCCUGGAAAUAACAUAUCUGGGAAAGUUAAAGGCCUGUACAUAGUUUGUAAGAAUAUGAAAGUGAUCCAGUUCAGCUUCAAAUUUUCGCCACCAAAUCACGGUAAAACUGUAACAAAUGCUCUCCUCCAUCAUGCUUUUCCAAGAAAGCAUCAUCUACUCUUUGCGUAUGAUUAUAGGGAGCCUUACUACAACUGUCAACGAGCUGUUAGCAUGUUUCGUGAUUCAAGUGACUGGAAUAAAGAAUUAACCAGAACUGGUGCUGUUGGCUGGAAGUUGUCAGCUGUGAACCAGGGUUUUCAGCUUUCAAUCAGCCUGCCUGAGUGGCUUGUUGUUCCUGCUUCUCUAGUUGACUGUCAACUAAUGGAAGCAGCUCGACAUUUUCGAAGCAGCCGCCCUCCAGUGUGGUGCUGGAGUUCUAAGAAUGGAGCUGCUCUAGUGCGCAUGGCUGAUCUACAACCAACAAUUACUGAUAGGACUCAAGAAAAUAUCAUGCUGGAGAAUGUCCGCAAAGGCCAUCCUCAGCUUACUCAACCAGAACUAAUGGAACUCACUCAGGAUCUUCCAUCUCCAAAAGAUGUUUACAACAGCUACUAUAAGCUUCGGGAUCUUUGCACACCUGAUAAUGUUCGGCAGUUUUGGAUCCAGGACAACCACUUUCUUGCUCAAGUAGAAAAUUCAAGGUGGCUGCACACAGUGUCAGCUUGUUUGGGAAAAGCAAAUAAGGCAGCUGCGUUUCUCAAAGACAAUGUCACAGUUGUCCUUCAAGAGGCUGAUGGAAGAGACAUGUCAUGUUUGGUUUCAUCUCUCACUCAACUCCUCGUGGACUCUCACUUCCGAACUAUCCUGGGAUUCCAAACACUUUUGCAGAAAGACUGGAUUGCCAUGGGUCACCCAUUUUCUUCACGCUUAGGCCACAUUUUGAAUGCAGAUGUACAGCAGUCGCCCAUUCUGCUUUUGUAUCUUGAUUGUGUGUGGCAGCUCUUGCGUCAAUAUCCAUCAGCGUUUGAAUUCACUGAAACAUAUCUGACAACUUUAUGGGAUUGUGCACACAUGACAGUAUUUGACACAUUUUUGUUUGAUUGUGAACAUGACAGAUUAGCGGCAAGUCGGGAUGCUAGUAAGCCAAUAGUACUUCGUACAUUAUGGGAUUGGGGAGAGGUGUUUGUGGAAAAGGAUAUUGCCCUGUUCCGAAACCCAAUGUACAACCCUGGCAAAUUUGGUUCUGUUCUCAACUCAUACAGCUCGCUUCCCAAUCUGGCUUUGUGGUCACAGUGUUAUUUCAGAUGGGUUCCACUACUUGAAAUCAAGUGUGGGGGAGCGCCUCAAAUUGAUCUUGGUUUACGAGCUCUUCAUGCUCAAAUUGACCGCCUCCAAGAGCAGCUUGCUGAAGUGAAGGCAGGAGAGCGGACAACAAAUCACACUGUCUGUACAGCAAAGCAACAUGUGACUUCGUUUUUUCCGUUUAGUGCAAGCACCGACCCUGUGAGUCCGGGGUUAUUGAACAGUACUCUUGCACUCAACAACAGCUUUGCCUCUAAUGAAGCAUUACUGGAUUCGCAGUCACUGCUCAAUGCUCCUGACUGAUGAGUGAUUCCUCUUUGUCUGAGGAUACAUGCUAAGAAUUUCAUAUCUCUAUCUCAUUCAUUGUUCUGAAAUAAGCUUUGUAAAUCAAGGAAAUUAAUUUUUGAGUAGAAAACUUGCAUCUUGUUACCACAUUACUCGCAUAUGACAUACUCUAUUUCUUGAACUUUUCAUGCUGCAAGAGUUGUAGCUUUUAAUCGUGGUUCACAAAUGGACUCUUAUAAAGUAAGAGGGAUAUUUUCUUCUUAUUUAGCUGUGUAAUUAAUUAUUUAUAUGGCUGAAAUUAUAUGCGAGUAACUUUGGUAGUUUUCAUGCCUUAAGCUGUGAUAAUCAUGCCUGACAGUGCUCUGUGCAGCUUUUAAAAUUAGUGGGACCAUUGGGCCUCAAAUUCUUUUGUUUACUGAUGCUCUCUUUGCUGAUUUAUUUGAUAAUUGUAUCAGGACAUGUGUGUUUUGGAUCUUUUUUCCAUCUUUUACUUACCCUUUUUGUUUGAAAUAAAAUCUACAGUUCAAAGUAUUCAGCAAAGAAGCAAACAUGCCUUACGUAGAGUAAGUGUUGUGAAUCAAUGUAAGUGUUAGGGAUUGAGUUGUGACUAUUAGUGAUUUUAUUUUUUUUAGAAUCAGACAUAAUUUGCAUCUUGUUGUUAAAGUUCUGCCCUGAGUAGUUUAGUCAAUUGCACAGGUGUUGUGAAAAGUACAAUAAUUUGUACUGAUCUCAUCCUUCUUACUUCAGUUUGAGCUCCUAAUUAUUGAUUUUGGCUAGAAGUAUAGCUUGACUCAAAAGCACAGACUCAUUUUGUAUACUCAUUAGAAACUCAAUCAAACUGUAACUAGAUCCAAUUUUACCAAAGCAGAGUGAGACUUUUUGCAUCCAUAUGUUCUUUACAUUGCUUAUGUAGGUACUGUUAUCAAAAGACACUAAUUGAUUUGUGCCUGCCUUGAAACGAAUGUCAAGUCUAAACUUAUUUGUGACAAGUGUGUGAAUUCACACCACUGAGCUUGAAUGUAGUAUUGAUUCUUCACUGAAAUUUUGUGACAUUGUUGCCUGCAUGUAACGUUAAGCUUUUCAAAUUUUGCUUGACUUAAAUUUCUUUCAAUUAUUUUGACUCCUUGAAUGUACUUUAUUACUGCCCAGUGUUGUAUAUUAUUUAAGACUGCAUUUAUUUUCACUCCUGCCUCUGACACCAUUCUGACUUUGAUGCAGAUUUCCCUUCCCUUUGUGUUUGAAGUGACUUCUGACAUUGCUGUAAACUAGUCAAUCGAAUUUAGACAGUAUCAUCUAUUAUAAGAAUGGUUGUAAUAAAUUUGUUGUGUGACA